AUGGCGGCCCCAAAGAUGACCAAGAACCAAAUGCGCCGGGCGAAGAAGAAGGAGCAGAAGAAAGCCCAGGCAGAUGUACGCGCUCUUGCCACGGACACACUCACGUUUGGAGCUGACAAGGAACAGGCCGUCACGAAGCCCGCCGAGACCGACGACGAGAAGACCCCCGAAGAUGUGGAGAAGCAGGAAAAGCCCGCCGAUGAGCUCGAAGUCAAGAAGGAUGCCGAGACUAGCACCAAGGCCGAGGCCGACGGCCCGGUCGACGACUUUAACCCGGACGACGAAGCGUUUGCCAUGUUCAAAGACAUUUUCCAAAAGUUCGGCUCAGUAGAAGAAGAUGAGAUUGCCAAGGAGGCUAACGCUGGUAACCAAGGAGAGGCCUUCUGGGAACAAGACGACAUCCCUAGUGAGGAUGAGGAGGCCACAGGGCAGACGAAACUCUCCAAGAAGAAGCGCAAGCAACUCAACAAGCUCUCCAUCGCUGAGCUGAAGGCGCUGGUUCAGGUUCCCGACGUCGUCGAAUGGCAAGACGUAUCCUCUUCAGAUCCGCGAUUGUUGGUGCAGAUCAAGGCGCAAAGGAAUGUGGUACCCGUGCCAGGUCAUUGGCAACUGAAGAGGGAAUACCUCUCUUCCAAAAGAGGUAUCGAGAAGCCCCCCUUCAGACUACCCAAGUUCAUCGCAGAGACGGGCAUCACGGAGAUGCGUGAUGCUGUUCUCGAGAAGCAAGAUCAACAGUCCUUGAAGCAAAAACAGCGCGAGCGAGUCGCCCCGAAGAUGGGCAAGCUGGAUAUAGACUACCAAAAGCUUUACGACGCGUUCUUCCGCUUCCAGACCAAGCCAGAACUCACCCGCUUCGGCGAGGUGUACUACGAGGGCAAGGAGAGCGAGGUUGACUUCCAACACUUCAGACCAGGUGAGCUCAGCGAGGCCACGAAGGAAGCUCUAGGCAUGCCCCCAGGUGCUCCUCCACCAUGGCUCAUCAACCAGCAGCGCUUUGGUCCCCCUCCGUCAUAUCCCACCCUUAAGAUCCCCGGACUCAACGCCCCGCCACCACCGGGCGGCUCCUGGGGUUUCCACCCCGGCGGCUGGGGCAAGCCCCCAGUAGACGAGUUCAACCGUCCCCUCUACGGCGGUGACGUCUUCGGUCUCACGAACCAGCCCGGAGCUCCCGCUCAGCAACAAGUCGCACAGCCUCUGACCACCGGCGAGCCCGUCGAGAAGUCGUUAUGGGGCGAGCUGCAGCCCCGCGACGAGGAGUCCGAGUCCGAGGAGUCGGACGACGAGGACGAAGAGGAAGAAGACGAGGACGAGGACGCCGCCGGCAUGCAGAGCCCCUCGGGCAUCGAGACCUCGGCCGGCAUGGUCUCGUCCGUGCCCACGGACUACCCGGGCCACGGCGUCGAGACGUCGGUGGCCGGCGAGAUGGACCUGCGGAAACAGCGGCGCGGCUUCGACACGGAGGAGAGCUCGCACCCGCGGUCCGCGUACCAGGUCAUCCCCGAGCGCCAGCAGCGCGCCGAGGGCUUCUUCGGCAGCGACAGGGUCUACGACCUCAAGGGCCACAACGGCGCCGGUCCCGGCGGCGUGCCGGUGCUGGGCCAGGACGACGACAGCCGCAAGCGCAAGAAGCCCGGCGACGUGGACGUCGCCAUCGACGUCGACUCGCUGCAGAACAACGACGGGCUCAGCAAGGACGAGGUCCGCCGCCGCUUCGAGGAGGGCAAGCGCGAGGACGGCAUCGGCGCCAAGUGGGCGUACGAGGACGACCUGUCCGAGAUGAUUGCGCAGGAGUCCCGCAAGCGGCAGAAGGUCGACGAGAAGCGGACCAAGGAGAAGAAGGAGAGCAAGUACAGGUUUUAA